AUGCGAUUAACGUUUUUCUAUUUUACUAUUUUCGUGGGACCGGCUCAUAUUGUAGCUCGAUCCAUUCAGCUUAGAGACAACGAAAUCACCAGUGCUCAAAUACUUCAAGUAGCUCCCGGCUCUGAUUCCUGUCCUUCUCCAUCAGACGAAUGUGCUACCAGUGCUCAGGCGGCGCCAUUUCUCAAUGCUGCAAUGUCGAAAUACUCCAUCAAUAGUCUGAGCGAACAAGCUUCCAUUCUAGCUUUAAUUGCUUUUGAAAGUGGCAACUUCAAGUAUAACAUCAAUCAUUUUCCCGGCAAUCCGGGUCAAGGUACGCGUAACAUGCAAUCUGCAUCCUUCAACCUUCAAUACGUCAAGUCGAUUCCUGAGUUAGCAUCACAAACCACAUAUACUUCAACCGAUGGUCUUAACUCUGAUCAGCUGAAUCAAAUCCGUGCUCUUGUACUUCCUGAUGACUAUACUUGGGCGAGUGCGGCCUGGUUUCUAACACAACAAUCAGCUUGUGCCGAUGCAAGGCGCACGUUGCAAGCCAGCAACGGUGAUGAAGGAUUCACGGCGCACAUGCGAUGUGUAGGGAUCUCGGAUAUCAACGAGAGUCGAAUGGCGUAUUGGAGGGCAGCAAGGACUGCACUUGGCGCAUAA